AUGGCCAAGUUCGAGACGGGCCCCACCAAGGCCGUGCAAUGCUCAGUCUGUAACAAGAAGUUCUCGAGAACAGAUCAUCUGAAGCGACAUCAAUUGCGACAUUCUGGAGUGAAGCCAUAUGCGUGCAUAUUCUGUAAAGAUGCAUUCACACGGAGCGACAACCUCAGAGAUCAUUAUCCCAGUUGUUCACAGCGUAAGAAUAGACAGAUUCCAGAAGCCGCAAGGGGAGGAAGACGGUCUCACGCUUGCGAUUCGUGUACAUCGAUGAAGCUCGGUUGCGAUGGUAACAACCCAUGUAAGACUUGUCGGCACAAGAAGAUCGAGUGCAAGUUCUCCAGACUACAGUCCAAAGGGAUACUUAACAGGCAAGAAACGCCCAAGUUGGACUCAGAUAGCACUCCCACUUCGGAUAGAGGAUCCAUCAACUUCCUUUUGAAUUCUGGAACAGCAAGCUUCAUUGACUGUUUUCGAUUCCCAUCUUCGCACGAAAAUAAAAAUUUAUUCAACUUCCGCAAUAAUCAAAAAUCACCUGAAAGUUCAGACGUCGUAGAUAUGUUCGGCAACAAUAGCGACAAUGGUAGCGCAUUCUCCGACUUCUUCGAGGACGAAUCAAUAGACUGGUCUCUAUUCGAAGAAGAGAACCUCCUCAAAUUCCUCAGCACUCCCGUGGCGGAAAUCCAUAACUUUGGAAGUGCUCCAGUAAUGACAAACAUGCCACUUCCAGUUGAAUGGGAACCAGCUAGCGUGCAGUCUGCAGCCAUUAUACAAGGCGUCAUGGAGAGUACGCAAGCAUUACAUUUCAACAUCCAAGAACAAACUCAGAUCUCGCAAAACCUCAAUUUCUUCUUCACUCCAUCAAAAAUCGACAAAUUCGUCGCUCAUUACUUCGAAUUCUGGCAUCCUCAUUGUCCAAUAUUACAUCAGCCAUCGAUCAGUAUCCACACGACACCAAUCCCUCUACUUGCCGCAAUGAUUAUCAUGGGGUCUAUGUUCUCAUCCGAUGACAGAGAUGUCAAUCUAGGGAAGGUUCUUUUGGAUUUGGUUGAGCAUUAUGUUUAUUCUAUUGACGAUUUGACGGAAGAGUCCGAGGUCCGUCAGAUGUUUCGGGCAUCAAAUCCGGCUCCUGAGAUGUUGCCUAUGAGUAUGCUAGCCUUCCAACAUCUACAGGCAACAUACAUCAUCGUGUGCGUGCAGUUCUGGGCUGGAAGUUUGGUUGCGCGGAGACGGGCAGCUGAUGCGCGAUUUGCUGUGGUUGUGAAGAUGGCGCGAAGGUUUGGCUUGGCAAAAGUACGGCAUGAACUGGAUGACAGUAUCGACGAGCAUUCCUGGGUCUUGAAAGAGGGGCGAAUAAGGUUCAUCAACACCAUUACGUUGCUAGAUUGCGCCUUCUUAUUCUUUGCCAACUUCCCCAUGCGCAUCUCAUUUUCAGAGAUGAAUUUCGAAUUACCGUGUGAAGAACAACUAUGGGCAUCCAGUCACCCCUUCGCCGAGAAGAACUUCACGGCAAAUCGAAACGUCACGCUUUUCGAGGCUUUCCAAAGUCUUUUUGGCCAAAUCAAACCCGAGCAUGCUCCAGUCCAAGCGACGAAAGGGAACCCGUUUGCUCUGAAUCCAAUGGAUAUGUUCACUCUAAUACAUCUAAUUUACGUCAACGCUCACACACAAAUAACCCAAUACCCCUCCUCAUUCCCACGCUCUCCUUCCGACUCAGGGACUUCCACCCCCGCCAACCACCCCGAACCACUACCCGACUCAAAUAUCACCAUGAUCAAAGGCGCGCUGUCGCGAUGGCGCUCGCUAUGGAUCAAUAUCCGAGCAUGCAUAACGAGUAAUUCCUGGGACAAGAUCGGCUUCUUUAGGAAUGGGUUCAAUUAUUGGCUUGUUAUUCAGUUGUUGAUUAAUAAUAAGGGCAGUGCGGAUAUUUUGAUGGGGAUGGAGGUUGGGUGUGAGGAUGCGCUGAAGCAGUUGAGGGGGCUUUUGAGGGAUGGUGGGGGUGAGACUUAG